UUUUGAAAUGGCAGAAAAUUUUACACGUGAAGGUGUUAGUAAUAUUUCCAUGCCCCCUUCCUCUGUUGGACAUACUCCGAUUAUUUAUAAUAAUACAACUGUCAGUGUGGCUAUGCGGACCUUUAAGGAAUGAGACAUAGAGCCAGUCAACAACGAAGUCUUUGAACCUGUUGUAGUUUAUAAGAGGAGGGAGGUCGACAGAAGACCCAAGACUAAAAGAGAUAGCCCAAAAGACACUAGAUUUUGGAGAACUAAAAAUUACAAUACACAGAAGAGGACAAUUCCUCGUAAAAGACCUUCUCCCAAACCAAAAAAGGAAUUAAAAUAAAGAAAUGGGGGAGAUUGAUUACAGGAAAUGGGCUGAUAACUGGAACCCUUGAGUCGAUGUCCAAAGGGUCAAGCCAAAGGUCGACACAAAUUUCAAGACUGCUCUUGAGCUUACCCAGAAGGAGAAAGAAUUGAAGAAAUUUACCUCCUCUCAAAAGAAAAGUAAAAAGAAGAGAAUGCAAUCUGCAAAACCAAGAGAGACCUAUCUUGAUUAUCAGCUUGGAAAUAUGAAGAAGCGACUCCCUUCGAAGGAGGAUGUUUUUAGAGGAACUUUCCAUGCUAAGAAUAGAUACAAGGAUGCUGAUGAUAAAGAAAAUCUCAUAAAGAACCUCCAACACAAGAGUAAUACAGAAAUGCUAAAGCAGAAAAUAUACAAUGAACAUACUAAAAAUGCGAAAGCCAACCAGCUUCAGAAGGCAAAAGAGUACUCUCAGAUCGUGAAGCUUCACAAUAAGGCAGUUGUUGAAGAACAAAGAAGAGAAGGAAAAAUGCCAGGACAAUAUACAGCAAAACUUAUUGAUGAAGCUCAAAGAGCUAAGAACUCAGAAAAUAACAAGGAGAGGGAGAAUAGAAGAAAAAUCAGACAGGAAAGACUUAUGAAGAAGCAUAUAUCCAUCCAUGAAAGAGAUGAUGACCUACUGUAUAAAUAUGUGAUUAAUGUUAAUAAAAGAAAGGAAAUGAAGAAGAAAAAGAACCAAAAGAAUGAAGAUCUUAUGUUUUAA